CCCGCGCUUCCUUUUCGCUGCCGCCGCCCUGAGGUGAGGCAGCCGAGGCGGUCGGGGAGCCGUCCCCAUCCGCCCCCAUCCUGCCCGCGGAGCCCCGCGGGGGCGAUGACCGGGCGCGGGCUCGGGCCGCUUCGCCGGGCGCCCUCGUUGAGCUCCAAAGAUGGUGCGGUACUCACUGGAUCCGGAGAACCCCACCAAAUCAUGCAAGUCACGGGGAUCCAACCUGAGAGUGCAUUUCAAGAACACUCGUGAGACGGCCCAGGCCAUCAAGGGCAUGCACAUCCGCAAGGCCACCAAGUACCUGAAGGAUGUCACCCUGAAGAAGCAAUGUGUUCCUUUCCGUCGCUACAACGGGGGAGUUGGUAGAUGCGCCCAGGCCAAGCAGUGGGGCUGGACUCAGGGACGUUGGCCUAAGAAAAGUGCGGAGUUCUUGCUGCACAUGCUCAAAAAUGCAGAGAGCAACGCUGAGCUCAAGGGUCUUGAUGUGGAUUCUCUGGUCAUCGAGCACAUCCAGGUCAACAAGGCUCCCAAGAUGCGCCGGCGCACCUACCGGGCGCACGGCAGGAUCAACCCGUACAUGAGCUCCCCCUGCCACAUCGAGAUGAUCCUCACUGAGAAGGAACAGAUCGUGCCCAAGCCAGAGGAAGAAGUUGCUCAAAAGAAAAAGAUAUCCCAAAAGAAGCUGAAGAAGCAGAAACUGAUGGCUCGGGAGUAAUUCUGACCCUGCGGAUGUACAUAAAUAAAGUUUUGAGAGGUCGAGAUUUA